CAAAAUUGUUUCCAAUAAUUUUUGGGGAAACCACUACGCAUCUUUGUCGAGAACCCCACCACCGCCGGGCUCAUCUUCUUCGAACCACCUCCUCUCUCCGAUCUGGGGAUUCCCCGAGCGCUCUUCCUCUUGUGCUUAAUCCCCUUCUCUUAAGACUCCACUUGAAUCUUCACUCGCGAGUUUCCACUUCCUCUUUAUCUCAAGUUUGUCUAGAGAUCCCAUUUUUAAUACCCAACAAGGCAUAAUCGCCAUGGUCAAGAGCCGCCAAGCAUUUUAUCGCCGCCAAAUCGGCUAACUCUGCAACGAAGACUUCCCCAUUUUGGUAAUUAGGUUUUAUGUGCUGUCACCAUCUCUUAGACCACUCCUACAUGAAGCUUUCCUAAGAGAGGAGAAGGUCGAACAUGGGAGCUCUUGCUCAAAUAGUACCGUGGGUUCCAGAAGACGACCUGCUUCUAAAGAACGCCAUAGAGGCUGGUGCAUCUUUGGAAUCGCUUGCUAAAGGCGCUGUGCAGUUUUCUAGAAGAUUUUCUAUCAGAGAGCUUCAAGAUCGAUGGCAUGCGCUACUAUAUGAUCCUGUUGUUUCUGCAGAGGCGUCGUUUCGGAUGACUGAGCUCGAGCGUACGAACCCUAAUUUUCCUACAAAGUUUGCGAGAACUGGAUAUUCAAAAGAGUACAAGACUUCAUCUAGGAAGAGGACAGCUGAAAAGCUCAGGAGUACUUAUCAUUCCUUGCGCAAGAAAUUUCGCACCGAGUCAUUCAAUUCCUUGGAUCUAGGUUUUCUCGUCCCAGCGAACGACACCCAUUUCAUGGAUAAUGGUGACGCAACACAUCUUGGUCUUGAAGACUCUCACAUGGAUAUUAUCCACAGUGCGUUCCCAGAUAUCUUGGGUGAUGACGGCUGCGUGACGAAUCAUGUUGUGCCAGAAGAUAAUCUGCAGGGAAACAUCUCCUACGUAGGAGGAGAAAAUCUCACCUUUUCUGAACAUGCUGGUCCUUCUGAAUGUGGCGCGGUUCAUCAAGGUUCCAAGCAGAAGCUAGAGGUUUCUGCUCAUGAGCCGAAACCCACAAUGGGUAGUACUGAUUGUUUCCUGGCGCAGCUUUCAACUUCUCUUUUCGAAGACGAGGAACCGUUCAUGGAUGUAGAUGGCAAAGAAGUCGACAAGUCGUAUUAUGAUGGUCUUAGCUCACUGUUGGUGAACCAGACAAAUGAUACAAAUAGCGGGGCGGCUUUGCUUAUUUCCACCACCGAGCAUGAUCCUUCCAGCUCACAAACUCAUCCAGUAGGUGCAGCUCCGGAUGUUCAUGCGAUCCCUAACUCCUCUGCUUUAGAUCCUCAUCCUGAGAUUGUUGAUGGUGUUAUCUGCUGUUUACUAAACCAAGAAAGUCCUGAUAUUCCGUGUAAUGAUGACAUUUUUCCGUCCAACAACUGCCAUCCAAUGUCAGUGUCUUCGUUAGCGAGGCGGAACUUUAAAGAUACAAAUAACCCAAUAGCUUCAUGUGUUGCCACUAGUGGAAGGCAUGAAGUCCAGACACAUAAGAAGACACCAGGACGUUUGCAAGGGUCUUCUCAAGCAAAGCUAGAGAUAGGUCAACCAAGUCAAGGUAUCAAAUCCAGGGCGUUGACUAGUCAUGAGUCACAUAACACUGCUGCUCCUUGUGCUUCUACUGGUUCUACACAGGCUUCCUCACUCACUCUGCUUUCUGACGGUGCUGGUACGAAAGAUGGAAACAGAGAGAUGGCCGGUGGAAACCUUGUGGUCAGAUUUGAUAGUCAUGGAAACUACAACGAGAAGGAUAGUGGAAAUAGUAAAGAGGAACAAGAUGUACUACCUGUAAUUGAAGUGCCACAUGCAAAAGAUGCUGAUGUUGGCCUGAUAGAGAUUUCAGACCCUGAGCUGGAGAUCACUCAAACAGAAGCUGACGGGCAUGUUUUUGAGAGUGACGAGGACUUACCGAGUUAUUCUGACAUUGAGGCUAUGAUACUCGACAUGGACUUGGAUCCUGAUGACCAAGAUAAUUUUGAUCUUGAAGUGUCCAAGUAUCAGAGCCAAGACAUGAAAAGAACGAUUAUAAGACUCGAACAGGCUGCUUAUUCAUAUAUGCAAAGAGCCAUUGCAUCCCGUGGCGCAUUCGCUGUUUUAUAUGGUAGAUAUUCAAAACACUACAUCAAGAAACCUGAGGUUCUGGUGGGUAGAUCAACAGAAGAUCUCUCGGUGGACAUUGAUUUGGGAAGAGAAAAGCGAGGCAGCAAAAUAUCUCGACGCCAGGCGAUCAUACGAUUGGGUGAUGAUGGAUCGUUUUAUAUGAAAAACCUGGGGAAGUAUGCAAUCUCAGUAAAUGAGAAGGAAGUAGAUCCUGGACAGAGUUUAAUCCUCAAAUCUGAUUGUCUGAUUGAGAUACGAGGAAUGCCUUUUAUAUUUGAGACAAACCAAAGUCGGAUGAAAGAGUACCUGAGGAGAACAGGGAAAGUGAAUUAAGACCAGAGCGAGAGUAAGUGUUCUAUGUGUAUUCGCUUGUGAAGUUGAAUGAUAUAUCUCUUGUGUUGUGAUGUUACCUGAACAACAUGUUUUGUAGAUCUUUUAUUUACGUCUGUAGUUUUGCAACAUGCAUAGUUGACCCUGUUUUAAUUGUUAAAUCUUAAAUACAACUCGACCGCAACUGAACUUGUUGUCUUUUAACCAAAAGAAUGAAGUGUUCUUGGAGUUUUGUUACAAAAAGAACUUGUUGGAUGUGUCGUAUCAAUGUUAAAUGAUUGGUUUCG